GAAGUCAGUACAUCAGAUGCAUGCGUAGACACAAAAAAUAAAGGUACGUAUGAAAAUGUCCACAUUUGCGAAGAUGAUGAUACUCUCGUCAUCGAACCACAAGGCGAUCUGGAUAAAAAUCGUAUCCAAGAUCAUGAGCCUGAAGGUAAUCGCAUUAUAGACAUUUCUUUUUUUCAUAAAGAACUGCAUAGGACAUUUGAUAACCACGCGCGUGGAAUUGAGUGUCAAUUUAAAGAUUGGCAUCUUGUAAAUAGUCGCCGCCAUGGUUUAAUGACACAGUUUUUCUAUAAAUGUAAAAUGUGUCAUUAUAAGACAAACUUUUGGUCACAUCCCAGAGAUA